CAGAGCCGGUCCGCAGGGCAGACGGAAGUAGUGCAGGCAAAGUGGACCUGCAGUCAGUCGCAGCAAGGUGCUGCAGAGUCGGGUUGUGGCUCACGUGCCUUGGACCAAGAUGCCGCGCUUCGCCUUGACCAUCAUCCGCCAACCAUUCUGGGAGAUGAUACAGCUGAAGGAACGCGAGUCCCCUUGUCCUCUUUUCAACCUCAGAACAUUCUGGACCCAGCUGGGAAAGCCCCUUUGAAGGAAAUCUGGGCCUGGGAAACCAUCCUUACUUAGAUUCUUAAUGGGCAAUACCUGUGUAAAUAGGAAUUUUCUAUUUACUGUGGCGAAACAAGACUUAACAAGGAGAAAAUCAUUCAAGGGCAAGGAGUAGACGCGCCCCUUUCCGAGACUGGGUUUAGGCAAGCAGCCGCCACUGGUCAGUUUCUGAGCAACGUGCACUUUACCCACGCCUUCUCCAGUGAUCUCACGAGGACUAAGCAGACCAUACAUGGCAUUCUGGAGAAAAGCAGAUUUUGCAAAGACAUAGCAGUGAAGUAUGACUCCAGACUUCGGGAAAGGAUGUACGGGGUUGCAGAAGGCAAGCCGCUAAGUGAGCUUCGGGCCAUGGCCAAAGCCGCUGGAGAAGAGUGUCCCAUGUUCACCCCGCCUGGAGGAGAGACAGUAGAGCAGGUAAAAAUGCGUGGAAAGGAUUUCUUUGAUUUCAUUUGUCAGUUGAUUCUGGGCAAGGCAGGCCAGAGAGAAAACUUCCUCCCCGGAGCGCCAGACAACUGUUUGGAAAGCUCUUUGGCGGAGGUUUUCCCCGUGGGAAAACACGGCAGCUUGGGGACAGACCCCAAGCAUGGUGCCCUGGGUUUAACCGCCAGCAUCUUGGUCGUGAGCCACGGGGCUUACAUGAGAAGCCUCUUUGGUUAUUUCCUGAGUGACCUCAGAUGCUCACUGCCAGCCACAAUAGACAAAUUCGAACUUUCCUCCAUCACUCCCAACACUGGCAUCAGUGUCUUCAUCAUCGACUGUGAGGAAGCACGCAAGCCAACCGUCCAGUGUGUUUGUAUGAACCUCCAGGAGCAUCUAAACAAAGGGGUUGAAAAGCACUGAGUCCAAAGCCCCCAACCGUGGGGCUCCGAAUGGAGGGCCUUGGCCUCUUGUGUUUUCAUCCUCUGCCCCUGCUGUUUAGAAGCAGGUGAGACUUGUGCCAUAAAGCCCCACUGGGGUCCUGACUGUAUCCGCUGUUAGUGGGAAUCCACUCAGAGUCAGCCUGGUUUUUCUGAGACACCAUUUUCUACCAUGAUUUUGUCACCCUGUGCUGUUAUGUCUGUGAACUAUUAACUUAUGAGGACACUCAGCAUUGCACACGGGGGAUGAAGCCUUUUCUCCACAUUCUCCUUUCAUUGGCCUCUUCGAUGUCUAGAUGGUGUUGGCUGUUGAAGAUCAUUUAAUGUUUUUCCACUCACUCACCAAGUGCUUGCAAGAAAGAAUGGUUUAAAUAAUUCUCCCGCAUUUGCAGUGAUUGUGUCAGAGUCCACAGUGUUCAGACUGAAGCUUCUUACUGUCAUCCGUGUGUAAAGGGAAAUGGCUGAAUGCUCUAGCGUCCUCUGGAGAAACUGGCUCUUGGGAAUUAUUAUUAUCAUUGUUAUUGUUAUUAUUGCCUCAAAUACAGCUGAGGGACUGAAGGGACUAGGAGUACUUCCAGUUACCCUGAGAACCCCAGUUCAGAUCCCUUUACCCAUAUUGGGCAGCUCACAGCUUCCUGGAACUCCAGCAUCAGGGAGGCAGUGCCCGCUCUGGGCCUCUGCAGACACUUGCACACAUGCACACAAAUAAAAGUAGUAAAAGCAGCCUGGGGGAAGGAAGGAACACACUGCCUGAUCAGACACAUUACGAUCCUCUGAGAAGAAGGCAAACACAGCUUUCCAGCAAAAGCGGUGGGGGUGGGGAAUGCUCAAGUUACCCUCGCUUUGUAUCCAAGCUGCCUGUGAAGACUGGUUGACCCAUCCAAAGAAGAGGUGCUGAAAACUGGUACGCAGAAGGCUCAGAGGAGUGACCUUCCUCCAGGUGGCGCUGUCGGAAAGGGAUUUUGAUUGCUGCUCAAGAGUCCUCAAUUAGGAAACUGGACUGCUAAAAAUGCCAGGCCCACACUACAGCCUCAGGAAAAUGUAACACUGGGCCCAGAUAUAGAGGAGUUUGACCAGGAAGAGCUGGUAGGAUUGAGAGCUUACUGAACAGUAGGUGACAAACUUAAGAAACCUAGAAAUACAGUUCACCUGCAAAGGGAGGUGUAGGUCAAGGCUCACCACAGUUGACUUGCCUGCUGUAAAGUGCUACUAGGUCCUUCUGUCUAGACACUUUGUGGGGGCGCUGCCAACACUUUGGGUACUGGUGGCCCCACACUAGGGAUUUACUUGAGGUUCCAAAUGCACGUGUACCUUGAACAAAGACAUCACUGACAUGAGUCCAAAGUGUGACCAUGUUCUGAGAAACCAAAGGACAUGAUUAUAAAGGCCGUAGAAAAGUCUCCCUAUGGGUGACAGUGAACUUCAGUUCAAAAGUCAUGUCGGCAUUUGGGGUGAGUGUUGGGUUGUGUGAAUCUGAGAGGAAAGUUAUAAAAACCUGAGGAGUUUGGAGGUGUCGCUCAGUGGGCCCUGGCUUCCAUCACAAGUGGAGAAAAAUCAGAACAGAAACCUGCUUUUUUAAGAGAAAUCCAGUGUUAGGUCACUCCCUCCGUGUAGAGCACCACUGGAAGUCCUGGUGCGGAGCUGCUGUGAGACAGAGCAGAGCUCAUAAGCAGAGUGGGUGAGCAGCAGUAUUGUUCUACUGCCUUUCAAAUGCACAUAAAUACCCAGCUCUGUAGUCUUCCUUUUACCCGUACUGUUUGAGGGUAUUUAUUUGGGAAUGUAUGGCUCUACUUAAUUGUAACCAGUAUUCUACCGAAUGAAUAAAGAUCUUUGGUUUAUA